ACGCUUCCUCUUUUACGCCCCUCUUCAUGAUGACGUACUUCUUGCUUCUUUACCAGUUUUCAUUUUGUACAUACUGAAGAAACACAGGCCAGUGGGAGUGUUAUUCCAUUUAAACACAUUUCUUGUCAUUCUUUUCUGCUUGGUGUGAGACAGAAGACUGUGAUGAAGCUCUGUAUCUCUCUCUCUCUCCUGCUCGGGCAGUGUGUGCUCUCUGCUCAAUCUGCCAUAUUUGAUCAGAGAAUCACAGAAGGCAGUAAUAUCACUAUUCCCUGUGAAAACGAGGGGAGAGUGUCGUGGAGUAAACUAGCUGAUGGAAAGAGAGAGAUCAUUCUCACAGCUCAAGAUGGAGGAGUCUCUGAGCGAUCUAAACCUGAUCCAGAUCACAGAUACGGUGUAUUCGCUAAUUUAUCCCUCGUAAUAAAGGAAACGUCAGUGUCAGACUCGGGGACUUACUACUGUAACGCUACUUCUGUGGUGAAGCUGACAGUCACUCCAUUAAAAGUUUCCUCAGCGAUCUCGACUGAUGACGUGAGAGCAUCUGCUACGAGCAUCACCGGUGGAGUGAGAGGUGUUGAGCGAGUGCUCUUUGUCAGUCUCACUGCCGUUUUUUUCCUCACUACAGUAGCGUGAUCCACCAUCAACCUCAGCAUGGAUUAGAGGAAGCCAAUCUGUUACCAGCCAAUAUUCACUAAUCACAGCAAUAAUAAAUAGUUUCUUAAUGACAAUAUCUGUUCUGGAUGAAUAUGAAGCAUUGCUUCUGAACCCUGAUCAAAAGAGCGUAGCACUGGUGGGAUCUAAACUCACAACCUGCCAAUCACUAGUCCAACAGUUUAACCAGGAACUGAGUCAUCAUACAUGAGUACUCAUUCGUAAUAAAAAAAUUUGUCUGUCUUCACACACACACACACACACACACACAAAUAGUAAAUUUAAAAAAAGUAAGACUGUGACUCACUUUUAAUUGUUUCUACAUUUUGAUAUGUAACUAUUAACGGAUAAAAAAGUAUGAGAUAUUGUUUAUUAAUAAAUAAGAAAUUUUAAUCAUCAGCAAACUGCUGUGGUGUAAGAGGAUUAAAACACUUAGGGAUGUGCUGUUAUAGGAAAAUAAUCAACUCCAGGAUGGUAGCAGUAACUCAGGAGCGUUACAGAGGACAGUAUCAGUGUAAAGUGAUUUGGAGUAAAGGCGCUGAUGGAGGGAGAGCCUACACCCUCACUGUAUCGCAUGUAGAUCCAACACCAAUGUGAUCCAUGUAAGAUACAUGAUUUAUCAUUCGUAAUGAAGAAUGUGUCUCUGUCUCAGCACACACAAAUAAAACACUGACUCACUUUUAA